UGUUAUAUUUUCUGAACGCAACUUUCGAGAAGUUCGCGUCCUCGCGAAUAUGUAUUGAUAUGUAUGUCAUGUUAUAAAAGAAAACAUAAUAUUUCGGAAUAAAAAUUGUACUGUUAACGCAAUUGGCUAUUCUUGGAAGUCAAAUACAUUCAACUACUUGAAAAUUAAGGUGAAAAAACCAAAAUAAAGGAUGACGAGUGCAACAGAGGAAAAAGCUGAAAUGGAAUUAUUACCAUGCAGCUUUAAAUUUCACGAUUUUGUCGCCAAAGUCAGCGACAUUAGUAUUAGUUGUCAAAUAAUAAAAAUGGAAGAUUGUUUGUAUCUGUGGAUUGGAGAUUCUACUAAUUGCAGCAUGGAAGACCUAUCCUUCGCUCUUACUUCAAACUUUGAGAGACAACCUAUUGCGACCAAGGUCAUGGGUUCUGUAGCAGAUGCCACAUCUACAAACAUGGCUAAGAGAUUAAGCAUGAAACUUGGCAAACCAGUAUAUGUUAGUUUUAAUAUAACUGCAGACAAUAUAAUAUUGCCAGGAAUUGAGAGGAGAAUACAAGAAGAGUUCAAAACACAUGUAGAUUUAUUAGGUUUUUGAUUAUGCACGUAUCUUUCAUGUAUUGUGUAAUAUUUCUUUUUAUUAAUAAAUUUAUAACAUUUUAAAUUA